AAGCACUUCCAUACAAUAGGCUAAAUUCUCCCUUAAAGGCUCUUUGAUUCAAAGGAUUAAAGCUUUACAAAUCCUAUGAAAUUUCUAUGGAAUGACACAUUGUAUGUGGAUUUUAGAAGAAAUUUAGCAAGAGCUCAAACCUCUAGGAAAAUUUCCUUGGAGUCCACCUCUCUCAUCCGAUUCCUGCGCUUUUCCUGCGCUCCAAUCAAACGACCAUUCCUAUGUUUUUCUUGUGUUUUACAAUCCUCUGUUUUACACUUCAAUUCCUGUCAGAAUCAUGUGUUAGAGGUCUUCCGGCUGGCUUCACAAGGUGAUGGACUAGAUGAUUUGGAUUCGAAGCCUCACUCAUUCUAAUUAUUUGAUAUUAUGUCCUUCCCUGAUAUUCGCCAUCUCAAUUCACCUUCCAGGCACCAAUAAGAGAAGAUUUGCGAGCGCUUCUAUGCCGACUUGAGAUCAGCAUUAACACACGAACACAACAAAUCAUCAUCAUGUGCUCAAUUUGACAAACUCCAUUGAUGCCAAUCUUCCCCUCCAUGAAACAUUCUCCAUUCUCCCUCCUCCAAAGGCUCAAACAAACCCCCUCUUUUAACAAGCAAGGAAGCCAUCUCCCCCAGGUGAUUCCAUUUCACCUCCUCUCUCUCUCUCUCUCCUCCCCCAGCGAGUUCUCCCCUUCCUCCCCACCAUUGCUGUCCAAUCCCAAGCUCCAAAUUAAAUCUCAAGAACUUCACCACCCAGCUGCUGAUUCUCUCUCCAAAUCCACCAUUUUCCACUCCCUCACUGUGCUCCACACUCUCCUGCAUUGCUAUAAAAAUCCACUGCAUCUCCAGUUCUCCACUCCCAAAUCCACCCAAGAACCAGCCGCCGCCAUGGCCGGGCCCGUCGAAUCCACCCGCAUUACCCUCCUCCUCGUCGCCGCCACCCUCCUCCUCCUCCCGCCGCCGCUCGCCGCCUCCCUCAACUCCUCCCUCCCCGACCCCGCCGCCGUCGUCGCCGACUUCCACAGCAAGGUGGCGACGUCGCGGCGGCGGAUGCAGAAGGCCGACGGCGGCGGCGGCGGUGGCGGCGGGGGGUGUUUGACGGGGAACCCCAUCGACCACUGCUGGCGGUGCGCCGGGACGGACUGGAGGCAGGACCGGCAGCGGCUGGCGGACUGCGGCAUCGGGUUCGGGCGCAACGCCAUGGGCGGCAAGGGCGGGCCGGUGUACGUCGUCACCGACCCCUCCGACGGCGACCCGGUGAACCCCGCGCCGGGGACGCUCCGGUACGGCGCCAUCCAGGAGGGCCCCCUCUGGAUCGUGUUCGCCGGCGACAUGACCAUCCGCCUCAACGAGGAGCUCCUCGUGAACAGCUACAAGACCAUCGACGGCCGCGGCGCCAACGUCCACGUCGGCGCCGGCGGCGCGUGCAUCACGCUCCAGUACGUCUCCAACGUCAUCAUCCACAACAUCCACGUCCACGACUGCGUCCCCGCCGGCAACGCCAACGUGCGCGCCUCGCCGACGCACUACGGGUGGCGCACCCGCUCCGACGGCGACGGCAUCUCGCUCUACUCGGCGCGCGACGUGUGGGUGGACCACUGCGCGCUGUCGCGCUGCGCCGACGGCCUCAUCGACGCCAUCAUGGGGUCCACGGCGAUCACCGUGUCGAACAGCUACUUCUCGCACCACAACGAGGUGAUGCUGCUGGGGCACAGCGACGGGUACCUGCCGGACUCGGCGAUGCAGGUGACCAUCGCGUUCAACCACUUCGGGAUCCAGCUCGUGCAGCGGAUGCCUCGGUGCAGGAGGGGGUACUUCCACAUCGUCAACAACGACUACACGGCGUGGGAGAUGUACGCCAUUGGAGGGAGCGCGAGCCCCACCAUCAACAGCCAGGGCAACCGCUACAUCGCCCCCGCCGAUCCCAACGCCAAGGAGGUGACGAAGCGGGUGGACACGGAGGAGGGGCAGUGGGCGGGGUGGAACUGGAGGACGGAGGGGGACAUGAUGGUCAACGGCGCCUUCUUCGUCCCCUCCGGCGAGGGCCUCGAGGCCAUCUACGACAAGGCCUCCAGCACCGACCCCAAGUCGUCGGCGCUCGUCGACCAGCUCACCGCCGGCGCCGGCGUCCUCGGCGGCCCCAGGGACAACGGCGAGGCGGCGGCGUACGCCGGCGUCAACUACGCCGGAGUUGGAACCGGCGGCGGAGGCGGUGGCGGCGCCGGUGCCGGCGGGAUGGGGUAUGGUUAUCUCGGGAUGGUCUAUGGCAGCGGCGGCAAUUGGAGCUGCCGAGCUGACCUGACACUGCAAUUGACUUCAUUGUUUCUUGCACUCUUUGCUCUCAUAUGCUUGCACCCAUUGUGAUUGUAAGAUGCUUCAUUAUGAUUCAAUUGGAAAGGUUAGGAAAAAGGGGAGAAGAAAAAGGAAGCAAAAGGUGUUGACAGUUGACACUUAGGGAGUAGUAGGCAACAGUGUUACAGUGAGAUGAUAUCCACCAUGUAAUGAGCACAUGGAUGGGAAUAUUGCAGGUUUAGCCAAUGUAGUUGUUGCAAAGGGGAAUGGGAUUAUUCAGACUAACUUAAGCUAUUAACUCUAACCUCUCUGUAAUCUCUGUCGAAGGGUAACGAAUCUAUGGUUUAAUGGAUAAACAAAGUUGAGCAAAUGCUAGAAAGAAACCGUAAUUUGGCCGUGCUUGUGACAAGAAAAUUUGAUCCGGUUGAGAGGUGGCCCAAAAUCGUUUAAAUUCUAAGGGUGGGCAAAUUUGCUCCUGUUCAGAGGUGUAUACCAAUUUCGAUUAUGGGCAUAAUUUGGGACGC